AUGUUCCAGAUAAUGAUGGCGAAGCAACCAGGCUACCAGAACUCAGGCUACAAACUUUUUGAUGCUGGUUUCAUGUCAGUUGGCCAAAUGCACAGAGGUCGCUUGAGCGAGUGGCCGGAAGAUGAUCGUACAGCUGCUUUUGCCGCCUUCCAGAAAGGCUGGGAGAAUUUACAAAACGAGGUGGCGGAUGCGCAAAAGAAUGGUAAACAAGCGUUUAUCAAGGAACACGCCCUCUUCCUCUUGGCUGCAGACAAGUUCUUCGCAUUUGAAUUCCCCAACGACGAUGUCAAAGCUCCUGUACUCCAAGAACGCGAUGGACCCAAAUCAGCACACACCAAUCCUACAAGUCUGCCAGAUCGCUUCCUGCUUUCCAUGCAACCUAUCUUCCAGAUCCGCCAUCCAGCGCUGAUGUUUCCCUCCAUGGUUCGAGCUCAGGCCAGCAUUAUGAGCGAUACGUCUACUCGCCACCCUAGGGUUUACAGUACACUGACCCUCCGCCAUUCCCGAGCAUUGUUCGACUGGUAUCUCAAGAACGCCAGCAGUGAGCGGAAGCCAAGGGUCAUCGAUGCAGACGACAUCAUGAGCCAUCCUUCAGCUGUCCGUCAACUCUGUACUCAAACCGGUCUUGAUCCCGAUGCAGUUCAGUAUGAAUGGGACGAAGUGCACGAGGAAGACCCCCUCAUGGCGCGGUUCAAGUCGACGAUAAAUGCUUCUAAAGGUAUUAUCAAGGGCAUGGAUGCUCGCAGUCUUGACAUUGAGGCUGAGAAGACCAAAUGGACAGCUGAGUGGGGCGAGGAAGAGGCUGAGAAUCUGGCGAAGUAUGUGAAGGAUGCGAUGUCUGAUUACAACUACUUGCUAACCCAUCGUACUCGGGGGGAGUAA